AUGGAACGCGAGAUACGGGAAGCCGAGAGACUCCAGCGGCUGAAGGGGCAUCAAGUCGAGCAGAUCAUGCCGGGCAAUCACGACUGGUGGUUCACCAAGGAGGACACGUCGCACGCGGGCUGCUGGAUACGCUACGCGUCGUUCGUGUUGGGCAUCGCCGUGGCCAUGUCGUCGACGCUGUUCAGCGCACCCGUCGUCUUCCUGGCGCACAUCAAUUCCUGCCAGCGCGGGUGCUUCUCCCUCGAACACGACCUGAAGACGUCUCUCAACCACAGCGUUCAUCCGUGCGACGACUUUUACGGUCACGUAUGCAGUGGCUGGGACAGCAAAGCAGCUCAUUACACCACGCCUCUGGACAAGUACAGAAUAGCCUUCAGCCGAAGCGUCAUCAAAGCCAUGCUACUCGAGAGGAUUCCCGUCCUGUCUAAGAAGGCGAGAGGAAAAGCUGCGCGCUUCAUGUUGCGCUGCAUCAGCCGAGUGGAGCAGCGGAGCGCGUCGAGUCUCCAGACCUUCCUCCAAGAGCUGGGACUUUCGUGGCCACACCGGUCAUCCGCAACACGUCCGCAGCUUUUCAACAUCUUCGUGCGGGCCUCGCUGCACUUCGGCAUGCCCCUCUUCUGGGCCAUCUACAUCGGCCGCCAUCCGUUGCGACCGUUGGAGAACACCAUAUACAUGACGCUCGAUCCGAGUUUCAAGCACUGGGUUCACGAAGUCCACGUGCUUGCCGCCAGGGGCAAAGAAAGCGAGUACCUCAGGCGUGGCGCUGAGGUCAUCGGCGGCGAAGGCCAGUCGUACUCCUUUAUGAUACAUCACGUGCUGCAGGCGCACGCGGACCUCUGCGACCUUGUGAACCGUUUCUUCGGCGAGCACAGGCUGCCACAGUUCCACAGUCUCACCGACCCAGACCUGCGCAGGGCGCUCAACGGAUAUCUCCCCGAUGAGUCGCAGCUCUGGCCCGAGGACGAGAUAGUUAACCUUCAGCCCGAGUUCUUCCAGAACCUCGACGAUAUGUACCUGAGUCAAAGCGUGUACCAGGAACGCUUCAAUCUAUUCCUGGGUGCGUACGCCGUGUGGAUGCUGUCGCCAUUGGCUUCAGGGUACUUGACUUCGAGCAUGCUUGCCGACAUGGGACACAAAAAUGACGAAGUCAACUACCGUUGCUUCAAGUGUUUCGAAGCCCUGGAGGCAGUUAUGCCACUUGUCAGGUACCACCUCCACCGAGGAGCUACUGAUGACAUUAAACACUUGAGGAGCAUCGCUCGGUUAUCCACCAGCUCUAUGAGCGCAUGUCUGCGAAGCUACGGCGAGUCGGUAGAGAAGCAUGCGGCCGCCAUAUUGCCGCAUAUUUCAGUGAACGCUUUCAACAUGACGACCACGUGGCAAAUGCUCGACAGCAUGUACGCCUACCUUCCUAGCGUGCCCGAUGUCCCUACUUUCUUCGAGCUGUACCGCAGAGCUGCCAUGGCCACCGCCGCGUUUUUCACGCGUUCUCUGCGCCGACCACACCACAGUAUCUACCACGUACCAGGAAUCGCAAAAAACCGGCAGUACCGUUUGUUGGUGAGCCGUGAGGUGUCGGUUGAAUACUUCUUAACAACUCCGCCGCUCUAUGGGACUUGGCGACCAACAACAGUUCUUUCGGCACUUUCUGGAACACCCAUAUCUGUGCAGCUGGCCAACUUUAUUCGGUUUACCAUGUUUUUCAACAGCCGUUUUCAAUGCUACCCACGGGAGGAGCUCCCGCCGGGUGCGAGCGACUUGUCCGACGACUUGCGUCGGCUCGCGCAAGUCGCUGCCGAGUCCCUGCCCAAUGCCAGCGUGUACGAAAUGCGCGAAGUGUCCCAGGCGAGCUUCGCGGCGCACGCUGCCAGCUACAUACCGAGUAUUGCCGAGUGGCGCCCCGCCUCGGCAGGUGGCGGAAACGAAACUACGCUCGAACUGGAUAGGCUCUUUUUCUACCUCAUCUGCUACUCACAGUGUGGGACAGAAGAGCGGGAGCGUCUCAAAAAAAUGGCUGCCUGCAAUGUUGCACUACCGGCGGCGCCGCGUUUCCGGAAGGCAUUCAAGUGCGGCCCUCGACACCGACUUGUCACGAACUUUACGUGGCCCGAGCCCGCAGUGACUGUGACCGCAGAGCCCUCUUAG